CAUAAAUGUAUUAUAAGCUGUCACUACUUCCCUCCUUUAUCUUUACAAAAACAUAAACAAAUGCCCUUAGACAAUAAGAACACAUUUCAAUAUUUCAUACUCAUUAAGCGCAAGAUCUAAUGUGCCACAAUUGAAGUGCAACACAACAAGUAUACUAUACACAAAAACCAAAACCAAAACCAAAAUUAAUUAAGAAGAAUGAUGAUGAUGAAUAAGGGAAGAGAAGGCAAAACAGCAGCACCCUCUACCGAUCUAUUAGUAUGUUUCCCAUCUCGAACUCAUCUCCGUCUAAUGCCGAAGCCUAUUUGCAGCCCAGUUAGGCCUUCAGAGCCUAACAAACGUCACCACCACAAUAGUCAACAUCAGCGUAAGAGAUCAAUCUCCAGAACUGGUGGUGGCAUUAGUGGUGGUGGCCAAGCUGGUAGUCCUAUGUUAUGGACUAAAAACAAGUCAAAUAUGGGCUCCGGAAAUUCGGAACCAACCUCUCCAAAAGUCACAUGUGCCGGACAAAUCAAAGUGAAGCAUAAAAAUUCAGCUUGUAGGAACUGGCAAUCAGUGAUGGAAGAGAUAGAGAAAAUCCAUAAUGACAAGAAGCAAAAGAAGCGUUUCAAUUGGGCUGAAUCUCUCGGUUUCAAGAAGGAGAUCAUGCAAUUCUUCACUUGUUUGCGAGCUGUAAGGUUCGACCUUCGCUGCUUUGGAUCCUUUUCUGGAACAGAUAUCGUGACAGAAGAUGAAGAGGAAGAAGAUGAUGAUGAUGGAGAAGACGAAGUAUACUAUGAAAAUGAUCAUGUGAAUGUAGAAGAGAAUCACGACGAAAACGAAUCAUCAAGAACCGUGUUCUCAAAAUGGUACAUGGUUUUGCAAGAGGAACACAAUACUGAAGCUCACAUAGAAGAACAAAAGAAAGAGCAAAAUAGCGACGGAGAAAUUGCUGUGCCUCCUCCAAAUGCAUUAUUGCUCAUGCGUUGUAGGUCUGCUCCGGCGAAAAGUUGGUUGGAAGAAAGUGAAGAAGAAGGUGGAAAUAAUAAUGAAAAAGAAAAGAAUUCACAGAAAGAAAAAGAAAUAGCACAAACACAUGUAAAGAAAGGGCAAAGUUUAAAGUCAUUGAUGGAGGAAGAAGAGAGAAAUAAUAAAGAGAAUUUGGUAGUGAUGAGAUAUAAUUCUGAUUAUUAUGGUAUUUCAACUGAUAUUGCUACAGAGACAUGGAUUGUUGGUGGUUUAACAGAUCCAUUGGCAAGGAGUCGAAGUUGGAAAAGAUGAAUGAUGAUAAUCAUCAUCAUCAUCAUCCAAGAUUAAUUACUCUUAUUUUUCAUUUUGUUUUGUUUUGUUUUGUUUUCAAGUAUUAACUAUUGUUUUCAAGAAUACUUUGGUGUGACAACUGGGAAAUUUAAUAUUAAAAUCCCAUGUUUUAGAAUCUCCUAUGAUCAUUUUGGUUACUAUGUUGUACAGCUUUUUGAUUUCUUUACAUAAGCACCUUGGAAAGUUUUUUACAUGUAUAAAUAUGUACUAUGUACGUUUAUGAAUUUGUUUACUCUGUUCUCUA